AUCAUGAGUGAGAAAUGGGACUCAGACUCAGAACACUGGCAUCACAACUGGACUGUUAAUGCCACAGAGGAUCACCUGUUCUUAGAUAUUAAUAUUACCUACGUGAACUACUAUCGUCACCAGCCUCAAGUGGCAACAGUCUUCAUCAUUUCUUACUUUCUGAUCUUCUUCCUGUGUAUGGUGGGAAAUACGGUGGUUUGCUUUGUUGUAAUGAGGAACAAACAUAUGCACACGGUCACCAAUCUCUUCAUCUUGAACCUGGCAAUCAGCGAUUUGCUCAUUGGCAUAUUCUGCAUGCCUAUAACCCUGCUGGACAACAUUAUAGUAGGAUGGCCAUUUGGAAACACUAUGUGCAAGCUCAGUGGACUCGUCCAGGGGAUAUCAGUCGCAGCUUCUGUCUUCACUUUAGUUGCGAUAGCAAUAGACAGGUUUCGGUGUGUUGUCUACCCUUUUAAACCAAAGAUCACUGUCAAGACAGCAUUUGUCAUUAUUGUGAUCAUCUGGGUCCUGGCUGUCACCAUCAUGUCCCCAUCUGCAGUAAUGUUACAAGUGCGAGAGGAACGAUACUUCCGGGUGAGACUCAGCUCCCAGAAUCAAACCAGCCCUGUCUAUUGGUGCUGGGAAGCCUGGCCCAACCCAGAGAUGAGGAAGGUCUACACCACUGUGCUGUUUGCCACCAUCUACCUGGCUCCACUCUCCCUCAUGGUCAUCAUGUAUGGAAGGAUUGGCGUCUCCCUCUUCAAAGCCACAGUGCCCCACCCAGGCCAGCACAUCCAGGAGCACUCACAGGUGUCCAGAAAGAAGCAGAAAGUCAUUAAGAUGCUCCUGACGGUGGCCCUGCUCUUCAUUCUCUCCUGGUUGCCCCUGUGGACUCUAAUGAUGCUCUCAGACUAUGCUGAGCUUUCUCCCAGUGAACUGCGGGUCAUCAACAUCUAUAUCUACCCUUUUGCACACUGGCUGGCCUUCUGUAACAGCAGCAUCAACCCCAUCAUCUAUGGUUUCUUCAAUGAGAACUUCCGCCACGGCUUUGAAGAUGCUUUCCAGCUCCAGCUCUGCCAAAAACAUGCAGAACCCAAGCAAGCCUAUGUCCUGAGAGCUAAACACAACACAGUCAUUAACACGUCUGGUGAGUUAGUGCAGGGAUCUACAUUUCAAAAGCUACCUGGUGAAAAUGUGCUUGACAAAAGUACUGAAAAACCCAAACAGGAUCUGAUAGAAGAAUUAGGAGAGGCUGCCAACAGUAUUGAGGUUUAA